GCGGCCGGCCGGAGGAGGCUGUAGUGGCGCUGGUGCGCGGAGGAGCUUCCCUUUGAUUAGUCCCGCCUGGGGGGUGGGUGGCCUGGGACUAGGGGUGGGUGUUGGUGCUUCUCCUUGCAACGGCCCGAGGGGAUCUCCGCGGUUCGUGGUUCCCCUUCCCGUGGUGCAUGUGCCGCUGCAGCCGGUCCUCGCUACUUUGCGACCGGCCCCUUCGCCAACGCCCGGGAGCAGCGCGGAGCUCGCCGGAGACUUUCUCUUGCGCCCCCAUCUGCUGAGUGUCCCGCCGGUGCCAGCCCGUCCGCGCCCCGGCCUGGAUUUCCCCUGCGGGCAGGAGCUGUGGGGAGAGGAGUCGCCUGCGCUCGGAGUUUCCGGUCUUACAAUUGCACAAGUUACGAGUCUGCGAAAGGGGAUUAUUUACUCUGCAGACAGAAGCAGCGGCCAGAGAAGGAGGAGGAGGUCGGGCAGCGAGGGGAGCGGCCACCCCCCGCCUUGCACCGCCCCCGUCCCGCGGAGCCGCGUGGCCUGGGGACCGGCUGGGGCCGACGCGCCCAAGGAGCCGACACCUGCCCGUGACUCUUCCGAAAGCGGCGGGGGCGCGUUGCUGGCCGAGCCCCCAGCCCAACAACAACAAAGGAGAAGGCGGCGGGAGGAGGAUGUCGCGGCCGGGCCGCUGAGCAGCGGCGUCUGCCCGCGGGGGCUGCUCGGGGCUCGGGAUCUAAAGUUGGCGACUGAGUCGAGAAUUGAGCUGCAAAGGAGCAAAGCGGCGGCCAGAGCCAUGUUCCCCCAGAGCCGGCAUCCUACACCGCACCAGGCUGCAGGUCAGCCUUUUAAAUUCACUAUUCCAGAGUCUCUGGAUCGGAUCAAAGAGGAGUUUCAGUUCCUCCAAGCUCAGUAUCACAGCCUUAAAUUGGAAUGUGAGAAACUGGCAAGUGAAAAGACAGAAAUGCAGAGGCACUAUGUGAUGUAUUAUGAAAUGUCCUAUGGAUUAAACAUUGAAAUGCAUAAACAGACAGAAAUUGCCAAGAGAUUGAAUACUAUUUGUGCACAAGUCAUCCCGUUUUUGUCUCAGGAACAUCAGCAGCAAGUGGCCCAAGCAGUAGAACGUGCCAAACAAGUGACCAUGGCUGAACUAAAUGCCAUCAUCGGGGUACGUGGCCUUCCAGGUCUACCUCCUACACAGCAGCAGUUGCAGGCUCAGCAUCUUUCCCAUGGCCAUGGACCUCCAGUGCCUCUUACACCACACCCAUCAGGACUUCAGCCUCCUGGAAUUCCUCCACUUGGAAGCAGUGCUGGCCUUCUUGCCCUCUCUAGUGCUUUGGGUGGGCAGUCUCACUUGGCAAUAAAAGAUGACAAGAAGCAUCAUGAUGCAGAACACCACAGAGACAGAGAGCCAGGCACAAGUAAUUCUCUGUUGGUACCGGACAGUCUGCGAAACACGGAUAAGCGCAGGAAUGGUCCUGAAUAUUCCAAUGAUGUCAAAAAAAGAAAGGUGGAUGAUAAGGAUUCUAGCCACUAUGACAGCGAUGGGGACAAGAGUGACGAUAACUUGGUUGUGGAUGUAUCCAAUGAGGAUCCUUCAUCACCACGGGCAAGUCCGGCACACUCGCCACGUGAGAAUGGCAUAGAUAAAAACCGUCUGCUGAAAAAAGAUGCCUCUAGCAGUCCAGCAUCCACAGCCUCCUCAGGAAGUUCCACUUCCUUGAAAUCCAAAGAAAUGAGUUUGCAUGAAAAAGCCAGCACGCCUGUUCUGAAAUCCAGCACACCGACUCCUCGAAGUGAUGUGCCAACUCCAGGCACCAGUGCUACUCCAGGACUUCGUCCAGGCCUUGGCAAACCUCCAACAAUGGACCCUCUAGUUAACCAAGCUGCUGCUGGUUUGAGGACACCCUUGGCGGUGUCAGGACCAUACCCUACUCCAUUUGGAAUGGUGCCUCAUGCUGGCAUGAACGGAGAGUUGACCAGUCCAGGGGCAGCUUAUGCCAGUCUGCACAAUAUGUCCCCGCAGAUGAGUGCUGCUGCAGCUGCAGCCGCCGUGGUUGCCUAUGGACGAUCUCCUAUGGUUGGAUUUGAUCCUCCUCCUCACAUGAGAGUACCUGGAAUCCCUCCAAAUCUAGCAGGAAUCCCUGGGGGGAAACCAGCAUACUCCUUUCACGUUACUGCAGAUGGUCAGAUGCAGCCUGUACCUUUCCCUCCUGAUGCCCUCAUUGGACCAGGAAUCCCUCGCCAUGCUCGUCAGAUCAAUACUCUGAAUCAUGGGGAAGUAGUGUGUGCAGUUACCAUCAGCAACCCCACAAGACACGUGUACACUGGGGGAAAGGGAUGCGUCAAAGUCUGGGAUAUUAGCCAACCUGGCAACAAGAGCCCUGUCUCUCAGCUGGACUGCCUGAAUAGAGAUAACUACAUCCGCUCCUGUAAAUUGCUGCCUGAUGGAUGCACCCUCAUAGUUGGUGGGGAAGCCAGCACAUUAUCCAUAUGGGACCUGGCUGCACCAACUCCUCGUAUAAAAGCAGAGCUGACAUCUUCUGCCCCAGCCUGCUACGCCCUGGCUAUCAGCCCAGAUUCCAAGGUCUGCUUUUCCUGCUGUAGUGAUGGGAACAUUGCAGUAUGGGAUCUGCAUAAUCAGACGUUGGUCAGGCAAUUCCAGGGCCACACAGAUGGAGCCAGCUGUAUUGACAUUUCUAAUGAUGGUACCAAGCUCUGGACGGGAGGUUUGGACAACACCGUCAGAUCCUGGGACUUGAGAGAAGGGAGACAGCUACAACAGCAUGACUUCACAUCACAGAUCUUUUCCCUUGGAUAUUGCCCUACUGGUGAAUGGCUAGCUGUGGGGAUGGAGAGCAGCAAUGUGGAAGUACUACAUGUAAAUAAACCAGACAAGUAUCAACUACAUCUUCAUGAGAGCUGUGUGUUGUCACUUAAGUUUGCUUACUGUGGUAAAUGGUUUGUGAGUACUGGAAAAGAUAACCUUCUUAAUGCUUGGCGGACCCCCUAUGGAGCCAGUAUAUUCCAGUCCAAAGAAUCCUCAUCAGUGCUUAGUUGUGACAUCUCUGUGGAUGAUAAAUAUAUAGUCACUGGCUCUGGAGACAAGAAAGCUACAGUCUAUGAAGUCAUCUACUGAAAAAUGUGAUGGGGACAUAACUUAUAGAGUUGAACUGGGCCAAAUGUUCUUAAUUUGUAGAAGUAGAGAGGUUUUACCUUUUUUAAAAAGGAAGAAAAUAUCAAUUUCUAGGCCUUGACAUGAAACAACUCCAAGUAUACAAAAUAAAAUAGAAGGCAACAUCCAGCAACUAGGUAUCAGCUACCUGGACCAAAUGAAACACGGAGGCAAGAUGGACAGAUGUAGCCUAGGUUUGGAGGAUUUAAAAAAACUGAGUUUGCUGAUGAAUGUUGAAGCCUUUUAUUUUUCUUUCUUUCUUUGUGACCUCAUGCAGAUCUUUCUCAUUGCCUGAAUAUGUGGGAUUACCUUUCUUUUCUUUGCAGUUCAACUUGCAUUCUGUCCUGUGUAGAGCGGUGGUGUCUCAGAUGAACUUGUUUUCUGGUUUUGCAUCUUGUGAUAUUUUUUUUGUAUUUUUGUUCAAGGUCAAACGUUUGUAUAAAUUGUAAAUAUAUUUGGUUUAUUACAGUAAAGGCUUUAGUACCAACGGUCUUUUUUGCUCUCACUUAUUAAGUGAUCUGUUUAAAGACUUUUUUGGGAUACAAGUACCUUUUGUAGGAAAAUGCAAAAACUAUGUAAAGUUUGAGAACAAUGUCCUUUACUUUCUUUACUAACCAUCCCUAAAGUUCAGUAUCAUACCUGAAAACAGGAGUUUCACAUACCAGUUUAUAAAAUUUAGUAGGAACUGUUUUGUGCUACAGAAAACUGAAAAGAAUUUUUUUUGUAACUGAUUAAUUAGUGCCAAUAUAAAAAUUGAAGAACAAUUCAUAAAGGAUAUGCAUUUAAUUAUUUCUCUCAGAUGUCCAAUAUAUAUUUGAUUUGGCAGAUGUAAUAUACAUAUUUGUGCCUAAUUAUAACCCAUUGAGUUCACUCCAAAACACAUACAGUAAGGGGUGACUUUUCUCACUUACCUAAUUAAUCAAGUUCACCCAGAACUACAUUUUAAAUUAAUACAUCAAAUCUCUGGUGUAUUAAAGGGAGAUUAAAGUGAAUAAUGUUAUUGGACAAAUUAUACCACUUCAGAUUCUAUUUUCUCUUUGAGGAAGUGAUGUGGCCUGGCAACUUCUGGUCAUUCUGUAUAAAUAAGGCUCUGUGAAAUCUUAAUGAGGGCUCCUUGAGUUAAAUUGGAUCAUACCCCUGCCAUUGACUGGGCCACUGUUAUGGUAGUUUUGAAGAACGAUGCUUCGAUGCCAGUUACCAAAGCUAGAAGCCCCAAAAUUACCUGACUUGGCAUUAUGUACUUUAAAGAUAGAGCUGGGAAGAGAGUUUGUGAGAACUACUACUUCUGAUGCAUAUAAAUUGUGUAUAUGUUGGAAAACUACAUCUUCUAUUCUGUUAUGAUAGUCCUAAUUAAUAGGAUUUUGUCUAAUGUUUGCAUGAUAAGCUCAGAUACUAUGCUACGAAGGGUCACAUAUGUACCUUGGUCGUAUAUAAUAAGCUGAAUAAGUAUGUUAUAUAUGGAGCGUACAGAGGAACAGGAGGGAAUUUAUAUAUAUGGCAGAUAAACUAAGGUUUAUUUGCAAGGAACUGCCCUCUCUGAUUUUCUUCCUGAUGUUUUAAGAAGUGGCCCACAUCUCUGCUCUUACAAAAAAAGACAAGUUACCAGCAAGAAAAGACUGUGGUUGAGAGAUUCAUUAGCUGGCUGCAGUGUGUCCCAUGUGGGAGAAAAUUUUCUCUCUGGUUUCCAAUGCCUGCAGAGACAUUAGUUUUCUUUUCAAUUUAUGUGACCAUUCUACUGAAACCAUUUCAUAGCACUGUGGAAUUGUAAUGGCAGUAAUAUAUAACUUGCAUUUCGAAUGUAAAAUGUUAACCAUUCUUGAUGGUCUAGUUUUGUUGCCAUUUAAAAUUGAUGCUUUAUCUAUACAUAUCCAUACAUGUGCCUAGUGCUGUACAUCUGUAUGAAAAUUAAACCAAUUAGGUUUGGUUACGAAUUUUCAUGCUGCUUUGGUGCAUUGUGAGGUGUGAGGCUGAAGCACUCUGGUUUUGACCAUCUAGGAGCAUUGUGUUUGGUAUAACUGCACAAUCAAUUUUUAAAAUAUUAAACAUUUUCAAAAAGAAGAAUUGAAAAAAAAAAUGUACAAGCUUACUAAAAGUUACUCUUUUAAAAAUACCCCUACUAUUUUAAAAUUCAAAAAUUUUAAAGUUAUUGGGAGUCUACUCUCUGUAUCUUACUUUGCUAACCAGAAAUUGCAGAUCCCAAAACAGAGCUUGUUGGCUAAAGUUUUGCUCAUGAGAGAUCUUUAUCUUAGCUGACAUACUCUUUUUAUUGUUUCCAGGAGACUAAUUCUAGAUGGACAAAUAGGGCUAACAUUUUAAUAUGUUUACUUUAUUUAAAAAGUUUCCUUUUAUAUUUUUUUAUUCCAUGUGUAUUUUCCAGGAAAGAGAACUGAAAUGCUUGCUUUUGAUAGUCUGGGAUGCUCCUUGUAAUCUUUUCAAAUGCCAAUUUGCAUUAAAAAACCCCCAAGAGUGAUAGAAAAAAAUAAUUACACCUAAGAUGGUCCCCCGCCCCCCCUUUAUGAAUAAUAUUUAAUCCAAUGGCAAUUCACUAACAACCCAUGAUUUGUGCAGUUAGGCUGUGCGCCCACAGAGUUGGAAUAUUAUUUGUGAAGAUAAGCUUAUGCUAUAUAGAUGAUUUGAGGAACUUUUAAAUCCAGUUUCUGAAUGAGAACAACUAGAUCCCUGAUCAAGUCUAUUUCAGGUUCUGAUCCAGCCAUUUUUCGGUGCGUUUCAGGAGACUGCUGUGUCUACAACUAUCCCCACUGAAGUCCAGUGGGGUUCAUUGUGGGUGCAGCAGUCCUCUCACACAUGACUUAAUGAAUCAGGGCCCUAAUAUUGAAUCUGUAUUCUUGCCCUUUGGCCUCAUUCAUUUCACUUUUCUGGACAUUUUUGUAAGUUUUGCAACUAUAUUUCAACAUGACUCUCAAGCUAUCAAGCUUUUCCCAUGAAACACUGCAAAGGACACAUCAACUUCAUAAAUGUUUCCAAUUUUUUUUUCAUAAAGAGAUGCUCCCUCACUCAGUAAAAUCUUGGAACACUUCUGCAAACUUCUCAACAAGAGUCAGCAGCUGUAGAACCUGCAACUUUUUGUAAAAUAGUGGGUGGAGUAGGAAUGUGCAUUGGGGAGAGAAACAAGCCAAAAUUCUUCCUUUGUUGUGUGCUCCUGCAGUAGCAGAAAUGGCACUGAAAGACGCACACAGAGACAUGAGCAUUCUGGAUUUUCUAGCAAUAACUGAAAAGUGGUUUAAAAUAUUUAUCAUCUGUUUGCAGUAUUAUUGUGGCUAUGUUGAGCAAGGAUGGUGUCACUAGCCUCUGUUUGCCAGACACUGGGAAUGGGUGACAGAGGAUG